AUGAGUUGGAUGGACAGUUGGAGCCGCCCUUCCAAAUCUCAAGCGACCCCAGCACCUUUCUAUCUACUCCUAGGCGGCGAGGACACACCUUAUUGCCAUUCAUGCGGCAGAGUCAUUAGUACUAGACGCACUACCGCUACAGCUAAAAACAACACUCCUGUUAAGUACUGCUCAAGCCGAUGCCGCACUCAAAAACCUGGAAAGCUAGACCGUGAGCUCGAGAAGGCAUUUGUAAAGCUGCUAGGUGCAGAAGAAAGCUCAUCAACAGUCGCAAAGAGGCCGACGAAAGGAGGGGCCUCUGGCAAACACAACAAGGGGAAGAAUAGCAAGGGCGAUAAUCGAAUCUUGGUAUCGUGCAGCACCGCCAAGGAACUCGUCUUUGGACCCAACCGGGCAUCGAUGGAAGUAACAGACGAAGAGGAUCACAGCGACAACGAAACACCUCAAACAUCAGAACCUACACAAGCCCCAGCGGAGCCACUGUCAGCUGAAGAAGACGUGGAUCUCGCAGGAAACCUCAAAGACGAGAACCACAUAGACGGCGACGUACUAGCUCGCCUGUCUGUCCGCAGCGGCACACGCAUCCGGCCACCGCAGUCAGUCUCCGAAGUCAACGGCAGCAUCGGCGGCGAGAAGGGCCGCGCAGAGAGGAUUCAGGAGACAGAUGCAAUGCUCGAGAAGCGUAAGCAGGGGCAGAGGCGCGCCAAGGAGCGCGAGAUGGCAAAAUGCGCGGCGCGACGGGGCGUUGUAUUUGGGUUUGCGAUUAAUGAAGAUGGCGAGAAGCGUCUUUGCGAGGCGGUCAUGUCUGGAAAGGUCGUGGAGCCGAGCUUUGCCAAGGGGGAUUGGGCGAUAAGAUGGAGAGAGUAA